UGUAUAAACUAUUACUUAUUAUUUAAUCUUACGUCUUAAUAAUUAACUAUUCAAAACUAAUAAUAAAAAUUAUUUUUUAGUAGUUAUAAUACAGAUUUUUAUCUCAUUAACUAUAGAUUUGCAAUGAUAUAAGUUUGAGUUACGAGUUAAUUAUUGGUCAUUUGUAUUAUGGCCCACCGGGGCAUUAAAAAUGAUGGCUCUAAAUUAUUGGAAGUUUUACAAAAUGACUUCAAAAAUUUAUCCAUGGAGACGAAAAAAAGAUAUCCACAGAUCAAGGAGGCAUCAGAAGAAGCUAUUGUCAAAUUAAGGAAUUCUAUGUCGGACAAUCAGCAAACUCCAAUUUAUUAUGUUAUUAAUCAAAUAUUGUAUCCUAUCGUCCAAGGCUGUGAAACUAAAGAAUCUAAAAUUGUUAAGAUGUGCUUAGGUAUGAUUCAAAAAUUAAUAACUUAUCAAGCAGUUGAUCAAAAAGGUGCUAGAUACAUAACAGAUACUUUAUGGAUGCUAAUGGAAUCUGGGACUGAACAAGUAAAAGUUUUACAAAGUGUUACUCUUUUAUUAACUACAAAUUCUAUAGUACAUGGUGAAACACUUGCAAGGAAUUUAGUACUUUGCUUUAGAUUACAUUUUACCAAAGAUUCAACUAUAAUAAAUACUGCUGGGGCUACAGUAAGACAAUUAGUGUCAUUAGUAUUUGAACGAGUAAUUCAUGAAGAUCAGCAAACUGAUAAUAGUGAGAGCAAUGAACAGAAUCACAUUGAAGUAAAUUUUGAUGAGCUUAAAGUUUUAUCUAGUGUGUCGCCAAAACGAUUGAAACCCUGUGCAGCAGAUGCUUAUCUCAUGUUUCAAGAUCUUGUUCAGUUGGUCAAUACAGAUCAUCCUUAUUGGCUUAUCGGUAUGACUGAAAUGACCAGAACAUUUGGAUUAGAGUUACUAGAAUCUGUGUUAGCUGAUUUUCAGUCAGUUUUCUUUAAACAUCCUGAAUUCAAUUUUCUUUUAAAAGAAAGAGUAUGUGCUUUAGUAAUUAAAUUAUUUUCCCCUAACAUCAAGUACAGAAUGACUGGCAGUGGUUCUGUUUCAUCAUCUAAUAUUCAGCCCCAUCAAGUUGCACCAUUGGAUAAACCUCACUUUCCUAUUACUAUUAGAUUAAUACGAGUUGUUUCAAUUUUAAUUAGAAAAUAUCAUAAAUUACUAACUACUGAAUGUGAAAUUUUUCUAUCAUUAAUUGUUAAGUUUUUGGAUCCAGAUAAACCUAUGUGGCAACGAUCAGUUGCAUUAGAAGUGUUACAUAGGUUAAUUGUCGAACAAGAUUUGUUAGCUUCAUUCUGUGCUUGCUAUGAUUUAAAAAUGCAUAGUACUAAAAUAUUUCAUGAUAUUGUAAAUUCGUUGGGAAACUAUGUACAAUCAUUAUUUUUAAAUCCAUCUCCUAUGAUGAUAAAUAAUAUUGGUAUGUUUAUAAGUCAAUUUUAUGUAUCGAUUACUGAAAAAUAUUCAUUAUUUACAGGUAAUCCUUCUGCACAGGGUCAACCACCUACAGUAUUAGCUGGAAUGCCAGUUGGACCUGGAGUAUCACCUCAACCAGGCUUUUUUUUCAGAGGCUUAUGGUUACCUAUUGUUAUUAAUUUUCCAACUGGUCAAGCUAAAUCAAUUUACUUAGAUAUGAAUGAUAAAAUUGAGCCACCACCCAUACCUGAUGGCUAUGGUAUUUCAGUUGCAUAUGCAUGUUUAAUUGAUGCAGUCCGUGCCAUUCAAAUAGAAGUUCAACCAGAUAUUAUAAGUGGUGAAAAUUUGGAUGAAGUACAUAUUAUAAACACAACUGCUGCACCUUUAACAAUAAUAAAUUCAGGAGUUACUUCUAUAACUAAUGAAACAAAUGGUGUUAUCGAACCAACUGUAAAUAAAAAAAUAGAAUUACAUAAACAACUUAUUGAUUCAAGCUGGUGUGGGUUGUUAAGUGCAUUCAGCCCAUUAAUGGAAUCAUGUACUGAUGAAAGUAUUAUGGAAAACAUUUUAAAAUCAAUGCAAGUGUACAUUAGUCUUUGUGGCCUACUAGACCUUCAAGUGCCAAGAGAUGCAUUCAUUACAACUGUAUGUAAAGCGUGCUUACCGCCACAUUAUACUUUGACAGUUUUGAACACAUCUAUACAGUCCAUAGGUAUUCAGUUUUCUAAUAAUUCUGAUGAACCUCAGUAUAACUCUAUGUAUGGUUCAGAGUCAGAUUAUAAACAACAAGUAGUUGCUGUGGGUACACCUUUAGCUACGUUAGCAUUAACAACUUCUGUUCACAAUCAAGGACCUGUUAUGCUUACUGCUAAAAAUUUGCAGUGCAUGAGAGCUCUAUUAGUGUUAUCACAUUGUCAUGGCUCAAUAUUAGGUUCUUCAUGGCACCUUGUAUUAACAACACUGCAGCAUCUUGUAUGGAUUCUUGGUUUGAAACCUUCGACUGGUGGAAGUUUAAAAGCAAGUCGCCCAGGAUCUGAUGCUAAUGCUGUUAUAACAACUGCUGUUAUAGCUGAUUUGCCAGUUUUAUCAACAAUGCUUAGUCGUUUAUUUGAAUCAAGUUGUUAUUUAAAUGAUGUUGCUUUACACCACUUAAUUGAUGCUCUUUGUAAAUUAUCUCAUGAAGCAAUGGAAUUAGCAUAUUGUAAUAGAGAACCAUCUCUAUUUGCUGUAGCAAAACUAUUGGAAACUGGCCUAGUAAAUUUAUCUCGAAUAGAAAUUUUAUGGAGGCCUUUAACUAAUCAUAUGUUAGAAGUGUGUCAACAUCCACAUAUACGAAUGCGUGAAUGGGGUGUUGAAGCGAUAACUUAUUUAGUGAAAGCAGCUUUGCAGUAUAAAUAUCAGCCACCUUUAAAAGAAAAUCAGCGUUUACAAACAUUAUUAUUAAGUCCUUUAUCAGAAUUAUCUUGUGUAAUGCAUGGUGAUGUAAGGCAAAGACAAUUGGAGUGUGUUUUACAAGUUUUACAUGGAUCUGGAGAAACUUUAUCACAUGGAUGGCCAUUGGUUCUUAAUAUUGUUGGUGCAGUUUCUGACAGGCAUGGUGAAAAUUUAAUAAGAAUUGCAUUUCAAUGCCUCCAAUUAGUUGUUACUGACUUUUUACCGCUGAUGCCUUGGAAGUGCUUACCUCUUUGUUUGGAAACCACAUCAAAAUUUGGUUUGCAAACUCGAGAAUUGAAUAUUUCUUUAACAGCUGUUGGAUUAAUGUGGAAUGUAGCAGAUUACUUUUAUCAAAAUAAAGAUAAAUUAUCUCAAUCACUUAGUGAUGGAUCGGUUGUAUUUCCUGAUUUUCCAGGGGUAUCUGAAAUGCCAGAAUUUGAUAAACUUUGGAUGUGUUUAUUUACAAAAUUAGGUGAAUUAUGCAUUGACCCUAGACCAGCAGUACGAAAAUCAGCUGGACAAACACUUUUUUCAACCAUAUCAGCUCACGGAGGAAUGCUCAAUCCAUCAUCUUGGAAUGCUGUUUUGUGGCAGGUAUUAUUCCCUUUGAUGACCAAAGUUCAAUCAUUAUGUAAUUCAGCCAGUGACACUAAAGUAGAAUCAGGUAGAAAUAUUCUUAUUCAUCAUUCUCGUAAUACAGAUCAAAAACAAUGGGCUGAAACUCAAGUCUCUACAUUGUAUGGUUUAGCUCGAGUUUUUAAUACCGAAAAAUAUACUUUAUGUAAAGUUGGAGACUUUGUAAAAGCAUGGUCAUAUUUAUUGGAAUUUUUAGAAAAUGCUGCUACAAAUAGAAAUAUGGAGGUUUCUCUAGCGGCUUUGCGUUCUUUACAUGAAUUACUUUAUGUGAAUGAUACUAAAGAAUUGGAUAAUGAUAAUGAUAUAAGUAAAUCUGAAAAUCACAUAGAAAUACCCAUAGAAAUAUGGACAAUUACUUGGAAAGUUUGGUUAAGAAUAGCUACUGAAAAUAAUCAAUCCGAUCGCAUACCACCUCAGGCUUUUUUAACAGCUCUAGUUCAAAUUUUUCCUUGUAUUUUUGUUCAUAUUAAAAUGAGUUUUUCAGAAACAGAUUUAAUUAAUUUCUUUCGCAUUUUGGAUGAAGCAGCUGAAUACCCAGUUCGUGGUGAAAUGUCUCCAACAGUUCUUUCAGACAACAUGGCUCUAACUCGUUUACAAGAAGAAAUAUUAAACUGCUUAGAAUUACUACAAAAAGAAACACUAACCAAUAGGGAUACAUUAAAUAAAUUCAUUUGUCCUCUAUUUGAACAAGUGUUAAAAUUUUGCCGUUUUGUUUAUUGUUACCCUGAACAAUUAAAUGGUUCUCGAACAUCUGAUCAAAAGUAUGACAUAAAUUUUAUUGCGUUUGGUGAAAAGUCUAUUCUGAUGGCUGUUAAUCUCUAUCAAAUAUCAGCUGCUGAACCAGUUGUUAUACAAGGCAAUAUUCUGAAGCAAAUUCUUGAUGUUUUUUCAAUACCUUUAGCUAAACGUUAUGAACCUGGCCACCAAAAUACAUGGAAGCUUUGUGUUGUGAGCUUAAUGAGUAUUUUAUCUAUAGGAAUACCUCUUGCUAGAAAUAAUUAUCGAGAUUUUCAAUUGAUUUGGUCACCUUUGGGUACUUUACUAGAAAACAUUCUAUUUCCAAAAAUAUUACCUUCAAAACACCAAAAAGUUGAUGAAGCUAAUGAAAAUGAAGUUAUUGACUGUCAAUUGGUUGAAUUUCUUAAAGAUGAAGUUUUAUCUCAAGCGACUAAUGUGCCACGAGAAUUCAUAAUGAGAAUUGUAGUAUUACUUAAUAAGGGAUCUGUACUAUCAACUCAGAAUAAUUAUUCUUAUGGCUAUGAAGUAGACAGCCGAUUAAGAGAAGAAUUUGCUAAAGUGUGUUUUGAAACUUUGUUGCAAUUUUCACUUGUAGAUGGGAUUUCAGCAGACAAUGGAAAUUUAUUUCUUAUCAAUAGUUCUAUUGAAGAUGAAAAUACUGAAGCUAUAACUGGAAAAUUAGCAGUGACGGCUCUUUUGCAUCGUUUUCAAGAAGUUGUAAAAAAAUAUUGUCAUGACCAAAGUUUAACAGGAAAAUGUCCUUUACCUAGAUAUAGAAUGUCAGAAAUAUCAUUUGUGUUAAAAGCCAUUGCAACACUUAUAAUUUCACUAAAAAAGACACCUGAUAAAGUAAAUAAAGCUAUUUGGGAACAACUGGUUGGGCUUUAUCCGUCACUUGUUCAAUGUAUAAAAAUUACUACUAAUUCACCUCAAGUGACAGAUUCUUUAACUGAAGCACUAAAUCAGUAUUGUGAUUUGCUCAAGUCUCCUAUUGAAUGACUUGCUUUUAUAAUUUUUACUGGCGUCUUAUAUUAAAUUGAUUUGAUAUAUUUCUUGCUUGUAGCUGUUUUGGGUAGUAUUUCAUUGUCAUUCCUCUUUUAUGGCAUUUUUUGGAUUUAUUUUGUUGUAUUAAUUUUAUAUCACUAUUGUUAUUAAUUCUGUUUAAUUAGUUUAUUAUUGUAAAUAUUAUAUAUUUAUAAUCAUAGCGUGUAAAUUCUUGUCUUAAUUUAUGUAAAUUUUCUUAUUUACCUGGAGGUAAUUUUUACAAUUUUUUAAAUCAAAUAACAUAUUUUAUACUGAGCCUAUAUUAUAUGGCUCCUAUGAGAAACCAUUUUAUAUAU